AUGUACUUUACCAAACAGGCCUCACUCCACCCGCCUCCUCUGCUGCAGCACAACAAUGGCUUCUAUGGGCACUACCGAGGCCAGUUCAAGAAUGAGAGCGCCCUCGAGUACCGCCUGGCAGCCAAGCCCCAGCCCCCAACAAUCUUCCUGCAGCGAUGCAAGGAGCCAGUGCGGCAGCACUUCUUCUCCAAGCACGACAACCGCACUUCCUUCGACAAGGGUCCCUACUGCCUACUGCAGGGCAUCGGGAGACGGAAAAACAUGGAGCGCCUGUGUCAGCGGCACACCUUCCUGCACUGGGCCUCCAGCGAGCUGGAGCUGUACCCACAGCGGCCCCUGGAAUCCUCCUACCAGUCCACCUUCCGGUUAUCCCCGGGACCCAGCGACGCCCCUCAGCGCCUCGUCCACUUUGUGCAGGUCCACCACCCCCGCACCUGUACCACCUACCAGCAGAACUUCUGCCAGCCAUCCCAGAGCGGCCACUGUGGCGGCGACUGCGGGGGCCCCCCGGCCUCCGGCCACAGUACCCCGACUAACCUCCCAAAGAUCCCCGGGUCCAAACCGCUGCAGCAUUACCUUCAUGAGGGCGUCUCCGAGUGUCUAAACUGGUCCAGAGCAUUAAACAAGGUUGGCUGUUGCCCUGGCCAGUUGGCUCAGUGGAUAGAGCGUCAGCCUGCCCAGGAGGGCGCAGAGCUGGAGCGCAGUAAGACACUGCCAGGCCUUAUGCCCGGCUCCUAUGGCACUGCAAACCCAGCUGUGAACCCCUCACUCUCAGUGAAACUGCAGAAAGGGCAGCGAAGCCAGGACGAGGAGGCGAGGGCCAGCAGCUUGGCUUCUCGGGAGCUUCGCCUCUCGGGGUCUGGCGGUGGCUACACAGUCCUGCCCAGCAGACGGCUUCCCUGCAGCUGGGACGGAGGGAGACUGUCCGCCACACCCCACGAGACCUCCGGCGGCGAGCAAGGUGUGGCCGAGAUGCUGAGGCCCAGGCCUGGGGAGCGUCCUGCCCGCGCGGUGUGUGGUCAUUUUCUGCUCGUCCUGCGAGGACCCCACCAUCUGGGACAGCGGGACAGUGGCCGCCCUGGGUCCCCAAGGAGAAUCUGA